CGGUGCUGGGUGUGAGCAGUGGCCCCUCCUCCUGUAGGGGCUGGUCUCUGGGUCUGUCCUGCAGUGUGUGCACUGGAGAGAGGGCUGGACCUGCACUCCUCCUGGCUACCAAACAGCCACUGCCCCACUUUCACAGAUUUACACGAUUAACACAAUCCGACCAAUUUAGAAGGAGCCGCAAGUUGCCUUUAAAGUGGUGUAUGUAUCCAACUGGAGGGAUAUCCGCAACCAUACAGGCCAACAGGCUGCGAGCAGAAGGCAUGGGCUCCAAGGAGCAGGCUGUGCCCUUCUCCAACCAGGACUACGAGGCACUGAAGCAGGAAUGUGUGGAGUCCGGCUGCCUGUUUGAAGACGACUGUUUCCCCGCUGAGCCUCCAACCCUGGGCUUCAAGGAACUCGCCCCAAAUUCCUCCAAAACCAUGGAUGUGGAGUGGAUAAGACCCACAGAACUGACAGAUGACCCUCAGUUCAUUGUGGGUGGUGCCACCAGAACGGACAUCUGUCAGGGAGCGCUGGGUGACUGCUGGCUCUUGGCUGCCAUCGCCUCUCUCACCCUGAACGAGAGGCUUCUUCAUCGGGUUGUCCCACAUGGGCAGUCCUUCCAAGACGACUAUGCUGGAAUCUUCCACUUUCAGUUCUGGCAGUUCGGCGAAUGGGUAGACGUUGUGAUUGAUGACAGAUUGCCUGUCAAAGACGGAGAGCUCAUGUUUGUCCAUUCUGCUGAGGGCAAUGAAUUCUGGAGUGCACUCCUAGAGAAGGCGUAUGCCAAGCUGAAUGGCUCCUACGAGGCUCUGUCCGGAGGCAGCACCACCGAAGGGUUCGAGGACUUCACAGGUGGUGUAUCUGAGAUGUACGAGCUCCGCAGUGCCCCCAAAGAUCUACACAGGAUAAUUGCCAAAGCCCUGGAGAGAGGCUCUCUGCUGGGCUGCUCCAUCGAUGUAAGUGCUGAAAGCGCUGGCACACCACCAAGACACGCGGAUCAAUGUUGCACCAUCUUGAGAAAGCCAAUAACAUUAAAAGCACUUUGGUUUAUUACUGUGCCAGAGAAUUCAUACUCAGAUGCAGUAAUCAUGUUUCUUAUUUUAAUACAGAUCACCAGUGCCUUCGACAUGGAGGCUGUUACAUUCAAGAAGCUUGUGAAGGGCCACGCGUACUCCCUCACUGGACUGAAGGAGGUUGAUUAUCGGGGCAACAUGGAACGCCUAAUCCGAAUACGUAACCCUUGGGGUCAGGUGGAAUGGACUGGUGCCUGGAGUGACAAUUCCCCUGAAUGGGAUGAGAUUGACCCUUCGGAACGAGGAGACCUGCAUCUUCAGAUGGAAGACGGGGAGUUUUGGAUGUCCUUCAGUGAAUUCAAGAGGCAGUUUUCUCGGCUAGAGAUCUGUAACUUAACUCCUGACGCCCUGGGUGAGGACGGUCUCAGCCACUGGAACACCAUGAAGUUCUACGGCACGUGGAGGAGAGGCAGCACCGCUGGAGGCUGCAGGAACAAUCCCAACACAUUUUGGAUCAACCCUCAGUACAAGAUCACGUUGCUGGAGGAGGAUGAUGACCCAGAGGACAAUGAGGUGGCGUGUAGUUUUUUAGUAGCUCUCAUGCAGAAGGACCGCCGCAAAUAUCGGCGCCAUGGUCAGGACACGCACACCAUUGGCUUUGCUCUUUAUGAGAUUCCAGAAGAGUACAAAGGCUGCAAGAAUGUCCAUUUAAAGAAAAACUUCUUUUUGAGCCACUCAUCAUGCGCUCGCUCUGAGACCUUCAUCAACUUGAGAGAGGUGAGCACGAGGCUUCGUCUGCCCCCUGGAGAGUACCUCAUCGUCCCCUCCACCUUUGAGCCGAGUCAGGAGGCUGACUUUGUCCUCAGAGUCUUCACUGAGAAGCAAUCAGAAACUGAAGAACUGGAUGAUGAAAUCUCUGCCGAUUUAGGAGAUGAUGAGGAAUUAACUGAAGACGACAUUGAGGACUCUUUUAAGUCCAUGUUCGCACAGCUAGCAGGAGAGGACAUGGAGAUUUCUAUUCACGAGCUUCGGACCAUUCUAAACAGAGUCGUCUCCCGGCACAAAGAUCUGAAGACUGAUGGCUUCAGUAUGGAAUCAUGCAGGACCAUGAUCAACCUGAUGGACAAAGAUGGUAGUGCCCGUUUAGGGCUGGUGGAGUUUCAGAUCCUCUGGAACAAGAUCCGAAAGUGGCUGGUCAUUUUUAGAGAUUUUGACCUCGACAAGUCAGGCGCCAUGAGCUCAUAUGAGAUGCGUCUUGCUGUGGAGGCAGCCGGUUUUAAACUGAAUAACAGACUGAACCAGAUUCUGGUAGCCCGGUAUGCGGAGAACGAGAUGGUUGACUUUGACAACUUCAUCUGCAGCUUGGUCAAACUUGAAGCUAUGUUUAGGUCUUUCAAGCAGUUCGACAAGGAGGGAUCAGGAGAGGCUGAGAUGAAUGUCACAGAGUGGCUUUACCUGACAAUGUGUGGUUGAAGAGGACCGUCUUCACUGGAGGAGGAUAGAGCAAAGAUACAGUGCCUGCAGAUUGCCAUGAACCUGGAGAACUGAAGACCCCUCAGCCUUUGCAACCCGUCAAUCCUUUAACACAUCCCACCUCAGCGUACAUAAAGUAGUAAAAUAGCUUUAUAACGGGAAUCCAAAGUCCAAUCAAGCCAAGUGUCUCCCGGCCGGAUUUUAGAAUCUAUGCAAACCUAUAGUAUGAAGCAGUCACUGUGUCAUAGAUCUGUCAUCUCUGUAAAAACAGCAUGACUCUGUGCAUGACAAAAAUCAUUAGCUGUAAUGUGCAUUGUUGCAAGUUGAUUUUGGAUUUCAACAUUAUAGUUUUACUGUCUGUAUGAAUGUCAACUGAUGUACUAACAAUCAUCUCACUAAAUGCUGUUUCACUAAGGAAUGUGAAAAAUGCAAGAAAUCUGAAGAAGUCUGUUACUGCAAUGAUUUAAAAGGUGAAGUGUUAUAGUUCUUUCCACAAUUAUUCUGCACUCCGGUUUCCAUUUUGUCCUGAUUGUAGAAAAGAUUAUGCAAUGGCAAAUGAUUACCUGUGUUGAGUUGGUAGUUUCAUUCUUGCACCUGUAGAUGGCAGUACAGACCUAAUAUAAUGUCAGUGUUUUAUUUAAAUCUGAUUCUAAAGUUUAGCCUUAAUAUAUUACAAAUGUUUUUCUUCAAUUGAAGUUGAAGCAAAGCAGCUUACUUUACUGACAUCUUAGCUUAAGGAAGCUGCUUCACUGCUAGUGAGAAAUACUGUAUCAGUCCACUGAAGUGACAUUUACAGGGAACACAUGAUACUAAAUGCCUUAUGCACACACCAUGUUAUAAACGGCUAUUAAAAAUAUGCCAGUCAUGCGUUUUGUGUUGUGAAUGUAUGUCGUGCCUUCAAUAAAUAUUGAGGUUCA